CGCGCUGUUGGCCUCUCAUAAGAGCAACGUUCUCAUUUUUCCCUUCUCCUUUGCAACUGAAAUGGCGUCACAAGCAGAAUCGCAGCAUCCCAGAAAGGCUUUCGGAUGGGCAGCUAGAGAUUCAUCUGGUGUUCUUUCCCCUUUCAACUUCUCCAGAAGGGAAACGGGGGAGAAAGAUGUGACAUUCAAAGUGCUGUAUUGUGGGAUAUGCCACUCGGACCUCCACAUGCUGAAGAACGAGUGGGGCAAUUCCAUCUACCCUCUAGUACCUGGGCAUGAGAUUGCUGGUGUAGUGACAGAGGUGGGAAGCAAGGUGCAAAAGUUCAAAGUUGGAGACAAGGUUGGUGUGGGAUGUAUGGUUGGAUCCUGCAACUCAUGCCAAAGCUGUGCAGAUGAUCUUGAGAACUACUGCCCAAAAAUGAUUCUCACAUACGCUGCCAAGUAUGUUGAUGGCACCAUCACAUACGGAGGCUACUCUGACACGAUGGUUGCAGACGAACACUUUGUUAUCCGCAUUCCAGAUGGCAUGCCACUUGAUGCUGCUGCACCUCUCCUUUGUGCUGGGAUCACAGUGUAUAGCCCUUUAAGAUAUUUUGAACUUGACAAGCCUGGUCUACACGUGGGUGUGGUUGGUCUUGGUGGGCUAGGUCAUAUGGCUGUGAAGUUUGCCAAAGCUCUUGGAGCUAAGGUGACAGUAAUUAGUACAUCCCCUAACAAACAGAAAGAGGCUAUUGAACAAUUAGGAGCUGACUCAUUUGUGGUUAGCCGGGAGCAAGAUCAGAUGCAGGCUGCAAUGGGUUCCUUGGAUGGUAUCAUUGAUACUGUUUCAGCAGUCCAUCCUCUCUUUCCUUUGAUUGGUCUGUUGAAGAAUCAUGGUAAACUUGUCAUGGUUGGUGCACCGGAGAAGCCUCUGGAGCUGCCGGUAUUUCCUUUACUUAUGGGUAAGCAUUCCAUAUUAUUGGCAGGGCGAAAGAUUGUCGGUGGCAGUUGCAUUGGAGGGAUGAAGGAGACACAAGAAAUGAUUGAUUUUGCUGCUAAACACAAUGUGAAACCUGAGAUUGAGGUUAUUCCAAUAGAUUAUGUGAACACUGCAAUGGAGCGCCUACUCAAAGCAGAUGUGAAAUAUCGAUUUGUUAUUGACAUAGGAAACACGCUGAAAGCAAGCUCUUGAAUAUAAAAUAUGCAUGAUUCAGAUUUCAGAGACUGAAUGUUGGGCAAGAGGAAAUGGCUGAUUGUUGAUCCUUUUUUUUCAGUACUAUUUCUCUCUUGUUUAGUGGGUUUUUGCUUUGAGGAUUUUAGCUCUUCCUCAGUUCCUUGAUAAAUAAGUAAACGUAGAGCAUAUAAGCUCGGUCGUAAUCCCCUUGUUUGAGAUGAAAAUCGUUUUGUACUACAUUAAAGAGAGACAUUCUAUGUGUUGUUCUCACCUCGAUUGGUAUGAAAAAAAGUUGAAUUAAACAUUUGAAGUGGUUGAGCAAGUGUGUCAUGAAU